AAUAAAAUGUUUCAAAUUGAUUGCUGCUAUUUUAUAAAAAACCUAAAAUGAACACACUCCAAUUUUUUACACUGCUUGUCGUCAUAGCGUCUACACGCGCUUUCCACCAGCUAAUACCACCCGACAAAAAAACGAUCUUUUCGUGGAAUGCAGACAUCAAAGCUGGCACCCAUCUCCCAGUACAAUAUGCCUCCCAAUACGCCCUUCAAGGUAAAAUCCAUCUUCAGCCUUACAACAACACAAUAGUUGUCAAACUCACGGAUCUAACACAUCGACUCUACAACGGAAUCAUUGACCAUUUUCACGAAUAUGAAGCCAAAAAUGUAUCACUACUUCCGGAAGUACAAGCUUUGGAAAAUGCAUUUAAAAUCACCUAUACUGACGGUGGCUUGGUCGAAGGAAUUUCAACACAAAACAACGAAAUGGACUUUUCGCGCAACAUCAAGAAAGCAAUCGCGAGUAUUUUUCAGCUAAACACUACCUUCCUUCAGAAAGAGUACCACCGUCCGGAAUCGUUUGUGAUGAAAGAGAAUUCCAUCUAUGGACAUGGUGAAGAUGUCUAUAGUGUUUUUCCUCAGAAAGGAGGGAAGAUGGAAGUGCACAAGUUACACAAUAUGCCUGAUAGUGAAAACAUUUUUUCGCACAUUGUUACUAAUACUGAAGGGACGUCUUGUGAUGUGACAAAUGGAGUACCGGUAAUGCAUGACAGUAAGAAAACCUAUGCUCUUGAAAAAGAAGGGGACUGUUAUGUUGUUAAGAAAGUUACUACGGUGGGAUCCAUUAUUUAUUAUCCAUUUACAGCCAAAUCUGACGUUCAGAUGAUUUUGGUAAAUCAGAAUUUUGAUUUAGCUGAGGUCGUACCGAUAAAGAAUAAGUACCAGAUUGGUGAGGAAUAUUUUGAGAACAGUUUGAGUUAUGUUUCGUUUGACAAAAAAACAAACGACGAAACGAACGGUCGACGAAGCAUCGACUACGACAAACUCUUACCCAUGGUACGCGAUAUGCUGGAAGAUAUACCACAAUAUAUGCACGAAGACCAUAUUAAUACCAAAGAACCGGAUCAUAAACGCGGUCAGUUAAUCAAUCGUGUGCAGCAAAUAUUACUCAAAUUCACACUUGAAAAAUUCAAGGAGUUACAAUCGAUGUUGUCAACGCAGGCACUAAAUGUCUUCUACCACAUUCUUCCUUUAGUAGGUACCGAAGCCUCGACCCUCUAUAUCAAAACUUUAAUCAUUACUAAGACAGUACCUGAUGAUUUAGCCGUCGAGUUAUUACAGAACAUCGCAGGCCACAUCCGACCUUCGCUCGAUUUAGUCCAAAAUCUCGAAGACCUCAUCCACUUGGAUUCAAAGUACAGCUGGGAUAUACAGAAAGUCGCCAUCUUGAGCUUCGGCAACAUAAUUUAUAAAUCGUACGUUCAUCAACUCCAGUCCAAUUCAGACAGCUCUCAGGAACCCUAUGAGAAGUACGUAGAUGAGUACAUCCACAAUUUACGAAACUCUACGAAGUACAUAGUCCAAGUGACUUACCUUCUGGGUCUUCACAACAUGAAAUUACCUAUUCUUGCCCAGCGCUUGGUUCCAGCGUUCAACGGUGAAUGGUGGUCGAAUCAAAAUUUACGAUACAUGGCAAUUUGGGCUGCGGCACCGCCGAUUCUUUUCAACUCUGGUCCUGACAAGAUAAUAGAGACCUUUUGGCCUAUUUUUACCAAUCGUCACGAGAAACUUGCAGUGAGAGCAUUUUGUUAUUAUUACAUUAUGUAUUCUAGACCGAGUUUGACAAUGUUGAGGAACAUCUUCACGUUCAUGUUGACUGAACCCGAUCAAGAAUUGUACCGGAUUCAUUACACACUUGUGCAGACUUUGAUAGAGUCAACCGAUUAUUGUCACCAAGAUGUUAGAUUAAAAUUAGCUCAAUUAAUGAAAUUUAGCCCACCUCCUCGCCGUGGCACCUCAAGUGUCAGCUUCUUUGGGUACCGAGACGAACUGUUCGGAUUUAGCACUGGCAUUCAAAAGUACUACAUCAAAGCCGAAGAUUUACGUAUUUAUUGUUAUUAUGUUACUUCCCAACUGUUCAACAGUUAUGAAGAAGAGUGGGUGGUAUAUUGGAAAAUUCAAGAUGGAAGGGAUAAAGAUCCAGGACUCAUACAAUCUCUAGUUGAUAUUAUAUCACUGAGUCAAAUAGACAGUUUUGAUUUUCAUGUUGAAGCCAGUAUUGCCAGACGUGGUCAAGUUAUCAACACUUUCGCUUUCGAUAAAAGAAGUUUGAACGAAAUGAUGGGCCUCUUGGGCUUGUUCCUCGCAUACGCUUCGAAAUGGAACCUCAAUCUCUUGCAUAUAAAUUACGAAAGGUACAAUUCAUACAUGAUACCAACCGAUCUCGGGAUUCCCGCUUUUUGGGAGUACUUCAUGCCGGAGGUACAUUACAACAAUUUGAGUGUAACUAAGCAGAUUGAGGGAGACAGUAUUCAUUUCCGCAUUGAAAACAAGUACGGUACUUGGAUUCACUACAGUCACGGUUUGAGUUUCUACAAUCCCAUCGCUGACGUACGACAAGGAAUAAACAAGUACCACGCGUACGAUGCACUUUUUCCUCUUCACUUUAACUUGUCGUUGAACUCUAAACUACAGAAUUUAGAAGUACAUUGGCAAAAACAUGAUGACCCCCAAAUGAACAUCGCUGGGAUUAGAACUCACGCAACGCAGCUAGUUUUUGUCAGAGAUUCUGACGAUUACGAGGAAAAGGUUCUAAGAGAGUUUAUACCUCAGGGGGAAGAAUUUCAAAGUGUCGGUCACGGCAAAAAAUUUAGACAUGACUACCCUAUCUUUGACAAACACAAUCUAGACACAGGUUGUAUUUAGUUAACUACGAUAGUGACAUCCAUGCCCCUUAUGG